CUCCCGAGGCCGCGACUGUCGGGCAUCCCCCGCCGCGGAUCCGGGCCCCGCCCCUCCUCCGGGCUGCAGCCGCGGCGUUGUUGUGGCGGUGGGGGAGGCGGGCUGCUGUGGAGCCUGCCGAGUCCUAGUGCCUGACCCUGUGCGUCGCAGCGGCGGGCCAGACGGACAGCCUCGCCGCAGGAUUAAUUUAUUUUUGGAAAUCAAGUGCAAUAUUAAAGGGAAAACAAACCACACUACAUUAUUGGAAGCCAUUUCUGCUAAUUUUAUUACAUUUUAAAAUUUAUGAUUUGAUUUGAAUACUAUCAUGGGAGGAGCUGUGAGUGCUGGGGAAGAUAAUGAUGACUUAAUUGAUAACUUAAAAGAAGCUCAGUAUAUCCGCACUGAAAGAGUGGAGCAAGCCUUCAGAGCGAUUGACCGCGGAGAUUACUAUUUGGAAGGCUACCGAGACAAUGCUUACAAAGACUUAGCCUGGAAGCAUGGGAACAUACACUUGUCAGCACCUUGCAUUUAUUCUGAAGUUAUGGAAGCAUUGAAACUUCAACCAGGAUUGUCUUUUCUUAACCUGGGAAGUGGAACCGGAUAUUUAAGUACAAUGGUGGGCUUAAUUUUAGGUCCUUUUGGAAUAAAUCAUGGGAUUGAGCUUCAUUCAGAUGUGGUGGAAUAUGCCAAGGAAAAACUGGAGAGCUUCAUCAAAAAUAGUGAUAGCUUUGAUAAAUUUGAGUUCUGUGAACCUGCAUUUGUGGUUGGUAAUUGCCUCCAGAUAGCAUCUGACAGUCAUCAGUAUGAUCGAAUUUACUGUGGAGCUGGUGUCCAGAAAGACCAUGAAAACUACAUGAAAAUAUUACUGAAAGUUGGAGGCAUUUUAGUCAUGCCUAUAGAAGAUCAGUUAACACAAAUUAUGCGAACUGGACAAAAUACUUGGGAAAGUAAAAAUAUCCUUGCUGUUUCAUUUGCUCCACUUGUGCAACCAAGUAAGAAUGAUAAUGGCAAACCAGAUUCUGUAGGACUCCCCCCCUGUGCUGUCAGGAAUCUCCAGGACUUGGCUCGUAUUUAUAUUCGACGUACACUUAGAAAUUUCAUAAAUGAUGAGAUGCAGGCCAAGGGGAUUCCUCAGAGGGCUCCACCAAAAAGGAAAAGAAAGAGGGUUAAACAGAGAAUUAAUACCUACGUAUUUGUGGGUAACCAGCUUAUUCCUCAGCCUCUAGACAGUGAAGAGGAUGAAAAAAUGGAAGAAGAUAACAAAGAAGAGGAAGAGAAAGACCAUGGUGAAGCCCUGAAGCCCGAGGAGCCGCCUCAGAAUUUACUGAGAGAAAAAAUCAUGAAACUACCCCUACCUGAAUCUUUAAAGGCUUACUUGACAUAUUUUAGAGAAAAAUAACUUAGAUCAAGAAGAAAGAAUACCUACUGAUUAUUCCUUUAGUCUUGAAAAUGUAGCAUUUGUUAGGAGUUAAAAUUCUUUCAUCAGAGCAAACUAUAGGGGAAAAAGUAUAACUUGUUUCUGUCUUAGUAAUAAAAAAAUGAUGUAUUCAGUAAUUAAAGAGAAUCCCUUUUAUAAAAUAUAUUUUUCUUUAAAUCUUGGAAAAAUGCUGUUUUAACUCAGAGUGACUUUAAGAAUGGAAUGCAACAAUACUCAAGAUUUGUGUACUGUAAAUCCUUUUCUGAUUCUUUACAGAUUUCUAGUGGUUAGGCUUACAUUUAAUUUUGUAUAAGGCUAAAUAAUUGUUAAGCAUAUACUGAUUUUUGAAUUGUAGUUGUUUGCAUUUCCUGUAUGAAAACUUUCUUACCUAAUUAGAAAAUCAAAUGCUGUGUAGAACCACUUACCUUACUUUGUUGCAGUCACUAUUGCUGAGUUGCUAUAGUAUUCCGGGCAAUAUAUGAGUGCAAUAACAAUACAAAUAUUGAAUAAUUUAGCUUUAAAAAAAAAGUUUCAUGGAAUUCAACAGCACUGCUACUUUUGCUUUUGAAUCUAUUGCCAAAAGACACGGGAAAUGAUCUGCUUCUCUCAUAGAGAUUUUAAGAGCACAUCAAGUGAGUAUUAAAUAAAAAGUAUAUACCUAAUACAGUUCUUAA